UCUAUCGAUGAAGUUGUUUCAAAGAUGGCGGACUUCCUGCCGUCCCGCUCCGUUUUAUCGGUGUGUUUCCCGAACUGUCUCCUGACCAGCGGGGAGGCCGAGCAGCUGCGGAAGUCUAAGGAGAUCGAUAAGUGUAUUAACCGGGACAAGACGUACGUUAAACGGCUGGUGAAGAUCUUAUUGCUCGGAGCGGGAGAAAGCGGCAAGUCCACUUUCCUGAAGCAGAUGCGCAUUAUUCACGGGCAGGACUUCGAUCAGAAGGCCAAGGAGGAGUUCAGAGCCACGAUUUUUAGUAACGUUAUUAAAGGCAUUCGAGUGUUGGUGGAUGCUCGUGAGAAGCUGCACAUCCCUUGGGGGAACCCAUCUAACCAGCGGCACGGAGACACCAUGAUGGCGUUUGACACCCGUUCAGCGAUGGCUCAUGGUCACGGUAUGGUGGAGCCUAAAGUUUUUCAGCACUACCUGCCAUCCAUCCAGGCGCUGUGGGCGGACCAGGGCAUCCAGAACGCCUACGAUCGCCGCAGGGAGUUCCAGCUGGGGGAGUCAGUAAAGUAUUUCCUGGACAAUUUGGAAAAACUCGGACAGUCGGACUACCUUCCCAGCCAGCAGGACAUCCUUCUGGCCAGAAAGCCUACGAAGGGCAUCCACGAGUACAACUUUGAGAUUAAGAAUGUACCCUUCAAAAUGGUGGAUGUAGGCGGCCAGCGCUCUGAGAGGCGACGUUGGUUCGAAUGCUUUGACUCCGUCACCUCCAUCCUCUUCCUCGUGUCAUCCUCUGAAUACGACCAGGUUCUGAUGGAGGACCGGCAGACUAAUCGGCUGAGCGAGUCCCUCAACAUCUUCGAGACCAUUGUCAACAACCGGGUGUUUAGCAACGUCUCCAUCAUCCUGUUCCUCAACAAGACGGACCUACUGGAGGAGAAGGUCAAGCAGGUAUCCAUCAAAGACUAUUUCCCUGAGUUCUCGGGCGACCCCACCAGCCUGGCGGAUGUGCAGCGCUUCCUGGUCGAAUGCUUUCGCAAAAAGCGCCGCGAGCAACAGCAGAAGCCCCUGUACCACCACUUCACCAUGGCUAUCAAUACCGAGAACAUCCGGCUGGUGUUCCGUGACGUCAAAGACACCAUUUUGCACGACAACCUCAAGCAGCUGAUGCUGCAAUGAGGGAACUGACCAGGAGGAGGAGGGCGAUGGAAAAUGGGUUUCAGUGCCUUUUUCCUCGAGCAGAGCGGCGUCCUCACAUUCACCCUCCUCAUUGACUUUGACCUGCUCCUCACUUUUGAACUCUGACUGUAAUAAGCCACCACUACUAGCACCACCCCCCACGCUUGCUCUCUGCCUUCCUGAGCUUGUUCACUGUGACUUUGGCUGGGAGCUCCACUCUCCUUGAUCUUUCGAACCACUGUAAGUGACCUCUAGAACUCACUGUCCAACCCCACGCUCUGCAGUGGACCUCCCAGCUUCUGUUACGGUGUUUCCUUCCUACGAGUUGCUCUGAUUGCCGUCAACACGGCCUUCUGUCCUCUGCUGCUCUGACGGUUUCUAGGAGGGAGACGGUUGUUCUGAAGCUGAAAGCAGGUGCUGACAAUAUCAGCAACUGUUUCCAGGUGUUUUCCGUCUUUCCAGAACCUGCUGAGUUUUGUCUUUUGUUUUACACCUGCUCUCUGUCGGCGCUUGGUGAUGACAUCACUGGGUUGGGGGGCGGUUUCCUGUGAGAACAGGAAAGAACAGGGCUAACGCUCAGACACAGAUAGGAGCUCUUGCUGCAAAUUCCACUUAAUUUGAGUUUUCUAAUCAAUGUUUUUCUUUCUCUAAUAUAUGAAUAUACUGUAUGUACCUAUGCAUCUUUCUUUAACUUAUGUUAGGGGUUUACUCUUUGUGACUGCUGAUGGACUCUGUUACAGUUAUUUAAAGUGGUGGUUUGGGGGUUGGGGGGUGGGGGGAGGGCAGACAGAUGAUUAAACCACUUAGAGCACCACGUUAACAGGCUAUUGCAGGGGGACACGUUGUGAUUUGCUGUUUCUCAGGGCGCGUUAUGAACCACUUCUCUGUGAUUUGAAGCCAUCGAGAACUCUCAUGCCUCGGCCUUUCCACGAGUCACAUGACAGAUUUGUGGGUUGUUUUUUUUUUUUUUCUGAAUGUGUCAGCAGAAAAGAUUAUGCUUCAAAAGCAGAACUCCAGCCAUCUUCAACCUGGAGCAUAUGUUCCCAUCAGGGUCUGGACAAAAAGACCUCAUGAAUCACAUGUUAAUUCCAUUUCCACCUGGACUUAACGUGCUGUCUGGUCUUUAAAACUGGUACUAAUGCGCCUGAUGGGAUCACAUGACCAGGCCUAAAGCUGCAGCAUCACUCAAAAGGACAUUCAGCUGCAAGUAUUUUCAGUCAUUCUUCCAGUAAAGAUGCCAAAUCUUCAUGGUUCCAAUUUCUCAAACGUGGGACUUUGUUGUGCAUUGUAUUGUUUCAGUAAAUUGAAUAUAUUUGGAUUUUUGACUGUUGCUCAGAGAAGACAAGACAUUUGAGGAUGCUAGCUUGGACUCCGAGGGUAUCAUCGUGGCUGUUUGGCCACAGUCUUCUUAGGUUUCAUUGACCAAACACCGAUGAUUUAAGAGCAUAAUUGACAUAUUAGUUACAAGUGAGAAUGAUUAAUUAGUGAAUAUGCAAACUGCAAGCAGGUAAAUAAGUGUAUUCAAAGUGCACUUAACACAACUCUGAACCAAAGACUUACCAGGUCAGAGAUGAGCCACUGAGGCCGACAGAUCGGUGCAUGGAGGGUGAAGAAGGUGUCCAGAGCUGGCAGCAUCUCACUGCCCAAAACCUCAUCUGGUGUCAUUCCUACUGCCAUGUUCUCAGCGUGCCUUUAAAUGUGCAUUCAUUUGUUGUUCCCACACAGUGUCAUCCAGACAGACCACAUGGUGACACCACGACUCUGGCUCUCUGAUGAGGUUCCUUUGAACAGUCCUGAUGGUAUUGUCCUGGCUUGCUACGGGGCCUGACAGCUCCUCAGUCAGUGUUACAGACACUCGGAGCACUGUGGUCGUAGUGAAACAGGCCGUGUGUCCACUUCCAUCGCAGGUGCUGAAUCCAUCAGUGUCUUGAUGUGAACUUUGUGGAUGACCAGGAGUUUUCAGUGAUGCUGAAUUCUGGGAUCAGUGCUGCACGUCUCAGCCUAACAAACCUUCUGUCCACCGCUGGAAGCUUAGCUGUUGAAACUUUUGUUGUGACGUCUACAAGAAAACAAAAGUCAAUGUUCAAAAAGUCUCAUCUGGUCUAGCAUCAGUUCUAAAUGAUGACUGAUGAUGUAGUCCAGGUUGAAGAUGGUCACAUUUGUACCGAAGCCACAUGGAACCACAUCCACCUGAGCGAAGAAGGUGGACAAAGCUGUUUUAUUCUUUGCAGAUGUUUUCCUUCCUCUGAGUAAAGUUGCCAACUUAAGUGUUGUGUAUUAUACAGAUGAUUUUUAUUUUUUAAAAGGUACCUGUCUCUCCCUUCCACACAUCCUGAGUUUAAAAGAAAAGGGAUAAAGUCAGCCGGUGUGUCCCUGAGGCUGCUCUCAUUGUUGUAUAAAGUGUAUGUACAGUUCACUUUGUCCUCCAGCUGCUUUCUAAUGUCUAAUAUAUCGUGUUUCCUUCACACCAACCUCACGCUCAGUACUAACAGCUGAACCUCCCUCACAGACGUCUAUGUACGACCCUGAGCAUUAUUUUUAUGAUUUGAAUACUUGUAUGGUGUUUAUUGACAGCAAAAGCAGGCGUCUGUUGGCUUGUCUUCUGCUGUUGUAGGAAACAGUCCUACUGCUCAGCCCCCUCCAGAUAUGUUGAGAACAUGAACACCAAAGUCCUCCAUGUGUCCUGCAGAUUAGCGGCUGCGCUGCUCCACGCUAAUGCUGCUAGCUGAAGUAGCAAAGUUAGCGUUUUGUUGAGCUGUUACAUCUCUGCACUUUAAGCCAAAAGCUCAGUCUUGUGUUCAUGGUGGAACACAGAUGUUCCACAUGCUUCAGCACAGCUUGUUUUUACUUGUUCUAAUCGCUACUGAUGGCAGCUAAUCUCUGACAAGACUGAAUAAGUGACUAGAAGCUAUUUUAGCCUGAACGUGGCCCAGAUACCCCCCAGAUACCCCCCAGGUCACAUCGUUGGUCUUUUCACUCUGCUCUACAGAGUUUUCUCCGCUGUGACCUGCAAAACGUCUCACAGCCAAAAUGUUUGUCUGCUCGUGUCUCGGUGGGUUUGUUGAUCUGAUCGCUGACCUUUACGUUACGUCUUGUUGUCUCCAAAGUGAUCAGAUUCAGAUCUACAGUGAUCAGCUAAUCAAAACUAAUUUCAUUGGCAACUGCUUUGUCCAGUUAAUUGGGGCUUCAGGGACAUCAGUACGUUUGGGCUCCAUCAGCUGUGUUACUGAAUGCUGUUCAAGCUGUUAGACAAAAAUGAUGCAGAUUUAUGACAUGAUGAAAUGAAUAGAAGCCCAGGGAAUGAGUGGGAUUUGUAGUUCAUUAGAGUCACACUCAUUCAAAUGACUGUGUCUGUGCUGCUGCAGCUAAAGGCAAAAAACAGCUCAGUUCAUGAACAGCACAGUUAGAAAAGGCUCUCAUGAUUAGUUUAGACUAUUUUUAGGUCAAUUGUUGGACUUUAUGUCUGUUCACAUCUCAGUGUCUGUCAUUCACAGGAUGAACCAGUUUGACAUGAGACUUGCUGACAUUUGCUCUGUGAUUGGUUUGGUUCUGAGCCUCGGUCCUCAUCGUCCAACAGCUGUAACACUUGUGUCCUUCUAAAGCAAUGAGGAUCUGCUGUCACUCUUAGCAUGAAGCAGUGUGGUCACAUGACGGGUUUUGGUGUGUGUUUAAAAGAGGAAGCUGAACUGAAGCUUGGUGAGUUCCUCAGACUUGGCAGUGUGACUCUGUCACACAGAAAGCUUGUGUCUUCUGCUGGUCGGACUAAAGCUGAAGCCUCCUCUUUGUCUGGACUCAGACAGUGAUGCCAUGUCUUCGCUUCAGGCCAGACCAAAGCAUGCAGUCACAGCAGUCAGACGCUUCAUCAUGGCUCACACGCGUGUGUGGAUGACACUGUUUCCACUCGUGGAGUCUGUCACAUCAGAACUGAGCUUGCACAGGAAAAAGUUCUUAGUACUGAACCUUUACUGAACAGUGUUGCAGCAUGGUGUCCACAGAAGGCGAAGCUGGAGCAGAACAUCUCCUCACAGUCCUGAGCUGUGGAUCCAGCAGACCGUUUACAGCUGAAGCUAAUCCCAUUAAUGAGGACGCUUCAGUGUUCAAUGACAAUGAUCUAACCCCUGUCAACGCAGUCUGUGUCAGCCAGUAAAGUUUAAAGCCGCAGUGUUAUAUUUCAGAAAAACAUCCUUCAUGCUCAGCUCCACCCCACAAGUGUUGAAGGGAUUCUUACAGCGGCUUCAGUGACAAACAUCCACAUGAUGGGAAAGAUCCUCUGCUGCUGUUUCCCACUGGAUCAUGUCGGCGUCCGACGGUCAGCACUGCAGCAGCUGAACAACGUCAGAUGAAAGCACCUUUAUUACUGAGCUCCUCUCAGCACAGCACGCUUCAGUCCAAAAUUCCUCCUAUUGAUGCCAAAUUUAGAUUUCAUCUGGAUCAGUUUCUUCUGAUUGGAAAUGACAUAAACAAGUGACAAACAGUAAGACGUUGUGUUGGAGAUAUGAACCAUGAAUUCAGACCAUUUUUGUUUUCUAAAAAUGCCAUUUCUUAAAUCAGCUGCCAGUAAACGGAGGAAAAGCCUAGAAUUUGCAGCCACAUCAAACAAUGUUUUUAGUGUUUCUGCUUGACUCCACUGGGAGAUGAUCUCCAGAUCUUUGAAGGCUUCCUCUCCAUCACUCUGCUCUUCGGUUGCUCCACAGGUUCUGGAUGGAUUCAGGUCUGAACUCUGGCUGGGCCGUCCCAGCAUGUCCUCAUUGUUUCCUCUUCACCACUUUGGCUGCAUGUUUGACAUCGUGGUCUUGUUGAAGCUCUAGUGCUGGAGGAGCAGUGUUCCUGCAGACCUCCUGAUGUUCUCCUCUGUUCUUGUGAUGCCGGUUCCUCUGACCUGGUCCAUCAGCUCAACAACAGCCCCAAAGCAUCACGUUCCACCCCCACGUUGGACCAUGGGGGGGAUGCUGCUGUUGGGGCUGAGACUUUAACAUGUUUAGAGGCUUUUCCUUGUCUUGUGAGCAGCUCCAGUUGGAGGUCCUCCCUAACCCUGUGGUUUGAGCCAUUACUCCUGACUGACUAGUAACUGAGUAGAGAUCACUGCUGGGAAUAGUAUAAGCUGUGUUCCUCAAAGAUUUCUGCCAGUUUUAUGCCAUAUGAACAGUUACAGACGUGCCAUUUUUAUUUAUUUAUUAGCGUUAUUAACAUCUCAAACAUAAUGUCUUGUUGACUUUGUCACUUGUUUUUAUGGUUUCCACCCAGAAGACACUUCCUGGUCAGAUCAACACCACGGAAUCCGCUUUGUGUGCAGCUCUGGUCCGCUGUAGAUCACUGUCUUCUGUUGUGGUUCAUCCCUUAAAGUGCUCAGUGAGUCUGAAAGUUUUUACGGAGUGAAUGUUUUGAUGCUGCCUCCAUCAGAGAACUGUUAUAAACGGUGCCGGUGGGAGAACAGCGCCCCCUGCUGGUAGGAGUAGUUGUGUGAUGAACAAAGCAGAGGGAAAGUUUACAACCUACUGUUACACCUCUGACCAGUUAACUGUGGACGGUUUGAGCAUUUCACUGCUUUGUGUUUGAAUCAUUCUGAUGCCAAAUCUCUGCCUCAGCCGAACACCAGGUCCUCUGUAGAAGAUGUUCGCUGGCGUCACACUCUGUUGAUUGAGUUUGGUUUGUGCUCCUGAAGCUCCACGUCGAGCGUCGCGUCUCCUCUUUCUAAGACCGUUGCUGUUUUUGACACUGCAUCUCCUGUGUUGUGUGAACCUGUCAUUAAUGUUGCCUCAGUCACAGAAUAAAUCAAAUACGAGAGAGAAAAGCCACAUUUUAAAGAAGUGUUUGGUUGUGAAUACCUGUAGGAGGGAACUGGUGUCGCUUAGUCCAAACUAUGCAAAAACAGUGUUCGACAGCCACGACGAGGUGUUUUGUUGUGUGAAAAUAAUCUUCCUUACUGAUGAUGCUCUUAAUGUCAGUGUCUUAUAGAACUGUGUCUGUAACCACAUCAGGAGGAUGAUCAUGCCAGACAUCCUGAUGUUAGUGCCUCCUGUUGCUCUUGCCUUCGCUGUCCAAUCAUGAUGCUGUUUCAGUUUGAUGCCACACAAACAGUCUUAUUUUCAGUCAUUCACGUAAAGCAUUUCUCUUCCCAGCUUUGCGGUCUUCAGAUAGACCCGCUUUGAUGUACAGUCUAGCUUAUGCUGUCUUAACCUUCUACUCUUCAAUAAAUCCAGCUGUUUUUUAA